AUCGCCAAUUGCGGAGAGUGUUCUGCCUUCGAGGCGCGGGUCUAAAAUCAUGAAUAAUGUAUGUCAAUCACCAGAAUCUAUGGCAAAGUCUCAGGAGAGAUUCCCAUCGCUGUGCUAUGACAGCUCUCUGUCUGACACACCUGUGCAAGACAACGGGGUCAUUAUGCGCAACAGGCGCUGGCUGGAGGAGGGGAAUGUCAGACAUGCGGAGCAGCGUCACAUUCAGCGUACUGCCGACAGCAGCUGUGGCUCAUCCAGACAUCCAUCUCUGCUGCACCGAGGGAGAGCCGAGGGUCACCCCGACACUGCACUGUCAUCUGUUGGCACAAAACGCAACAUAGCUGCUCCCAGGGAGGCUCACUGUGACAACUCUGAUGAAGAUGAGAUUAACAUUACAAGUGAUGAUGACAUAUACGACAGCAAAGCAGGUCCAACGGCUCAAUUUAGACCUGUGAGAGACCUUUCAGCAAGAAAGAGCACCCACAAAGUGAAUAGCAGUCCAGAGGAAUGUGCAUGCUUCAUCUGUGGCUCUGGGCUCAGACACAAUGGCAGAUUUAAAGUCAGUGUUCAGAAACAGGAGAGGCACAGGGCGAGCCUUUCUUUCCCUUCCUGUGGCUUCACUCCCCUCCCGUGGAGCAAUGCCCAUCAGUGCUGCAGGUACCACCCUGGUGUGCGGCAGCUGCCACACUUCCCUAAUGCAGCAGUGGCAGAGCUUCCAGUUGGCAGAUGUGCCCGUCCUUCAGCGCCUGUAUGUUGUCCCACUCAACCAGGCUGAUGGUUCUCUCCAUCCUUCCCAGGAUGGGAAACCCCCACAGUCCAUGGAGAGAAACCCUGACCCCAGAGCUUCCCAUGAGGCUUGUUUCCUCUGUGGUCAGGAAUGUGCAGGAGAUUUGAGGACAGCAUAUGCACAGGCUGGUGUUGGUAAAUCCCGCGGUUCAAUGUAUUUCCCCUUCAUUAACAUGUUACCAUGCCCUCCUAAUGCCCAAGCAGUGAGGAACGGCCGUGUGCACUGCUGCCAACAGUGCCAUCAUAUCCUGGAGGAGAUCUGGAGCGCAUAUCGACUCAGCCUCAGUGAGGACCUCAUCACCUCUGUCAGCUCCUUCCUGGUUAGGUACCACGCUGCCAUGUCAGCCGAGGGUUCUGGAUCAACUAAUGCCCAUUCUGGUGCUUCGUCUCGUCCUCACAGCUCUGUGUCGGUGUGUUAUCUGUGUGGUGCUGAGCUCUGUGCGGGCGGAGAGUACCAGCUGCAUGUCAACCCACCCGGUCGCUGUGGGGAGAGGGAACCUUUCUUCCCCUUCCUCACAGUGCAUCCUCCUGCCCCACGUGCGAAGCCGGUUGAUGCCACAGGCCUGGUGUCAGCAUGUAACCUCUGCUACCAUGACCUGCAUGCCCAGUGGGCCCAACAUGAGAGCAAAGGCCAGGGUCCCUCCACCCCUUCUACCCCUAGUUUAUCCAGUCCAAACCCCCCUCAGCCACCCAGCUCACCUUGGGCCCGCCAGUACAGCUGUGAGGGGUUUGUGUGUUUCUUCUGCAGACAGGAGCAGCGCAGGUUAGACAGGCUGUGUGCUGUUACCGUGGCCAGGCUGCCUGUGUUCCUGUACGCACCUCGCAGCACACGCACACUCCUGGUGGAUGAUGGGAGGAGGUUGGUGAUUGGAUCAUGUGUGGAAUGUAAAGCUUUGGUGCAGGUGGGACAGAGCAUGCAGCAGGACAGAGACCGACUGGGACAUGGAGCAUCAGACAGGGAGAGGAAAGAGCCAGAUGCUGCCUCGCCAAAAUCUAGACAUAAGGUGUGUACAGUGAUUGAGAUUGCACCCAGUAAAGAAGCGGACUGUGGGCCUUCACAAACUCCUGCAGGUGACCACACUCCUUCUCACUCAGUGACCUUGGAGCCAGAGAAAGCUGACCGAGCUGAACACCCUCCUUCCAGGAUAGCAGGAGGGUGGGCUAACUCGGAAUGA